GCUACGAUGAGAGGUGAAACGGUUGUUUUCGUCCUGGUGUUACUAUCGCCUCGUGAGCUGAUAAACAGGGGCUGCCACACCUGAAUUAACACAGUGGUUGCAACUAGAAGGAAAUUAGUUACCCUCCGGAAUUAUUGUCAGAUCGAGAGUUUCAUACCCUCAUUCGUUUUCUGGGUGUUUAUCGCCAUGCUAUCAUCUGUUCCCACCAGGCUAUUAUCGCGAAGGUCGCGCAGCCUGUCACCAUGCAGCCGUGUGCUCCAGACAAGCGCUAGCGGUGCCGCAAGCCAGGUCAUCCGUGAGACACCAGCAGAGACUAAUCGGAACCCCAUCGUGUCCACUUCCCGGGUCUCGAGAAGAGGAAUUUUGUCAGAAGAGAGCGCUAGUACCAAUGUGGGUCCAUCGGUGCAGUACCAUCACCUUGCCCCAAGAUGGCUGUCAAACCUGGAGAACCGUCGAAGCUCGUGGGCGGCUUUAGCCAGCAGAGGGCGCAACAACAACCAAUACUGGGAGGAGAGCGGGCAUAGCGGCGGGGGCGAGGGCCAGAGAGCAGGUGGAGGAGCCAGGCGUGCAGGAGUGGCCUCUGCCGGUGUACUGUCUGCUGCAGCCGUGGCUUUCUGUCUGAGAAAAGACUCUGACAAUAAAGGGGAUGCUCUACUGGAGGCAGCAAGGACCAAUAACUCUCAAGAUGUUUCCAGGCUGUUAAAGGAGGGUGUGGAUCCGAACCACCGCCAUCGUCUGGGUUGGACUGCUCUCAUGGUGGCUGCUAUGAACAGACAGUACAGUGCAUUAAAGGUUCUGCUUGAAGCUGGCACUGACCCAAAUGCCGGAGACGAGUUCAACAAUGUUUAUGACACCUCACGGGAGAAAGGCAUCCACUCACUGGAAGUUCUGGUGUCCAGAGAAGAUGAAUUCAGCAGCAGGCUCAGCAGCAGGGCUGGUUUCCGUGGUUGCACUGCGCUUCACUACGCCACAUUGGCUGAUGAUCCACGCGCUGUUCGCAUGCUCCUGGAGGCUGGUGCCAACCCCCUGCAGACCAAUGGUUUGGGACACACAGCACGGACCUAUGCUAAGGAGGGAGAAGUGAGCACAGUCCUGCAGGAGUGGGAAGGCAAGUUCAAGGAGUUGCAAGCUCGACGGGAAGCAGAGGAAAGGAGGAGGUUCCCCCUGGAGAGGAGGCUGAAAGAGCACAUCAUCGGACAGGAGGGGGCCAUUAAUACUGUGGCUUCAGCUAUCAGGAGAAAGGAGAAUGGUUGGUAUGAUGAAGAGCAUCCCCUCGUAUUCCUCUUCCUUGGCUCAUCAGGAAUCGGAAAGACAGAGUUGGCCAAACAGGUAGCUCGCUACAUGCACAAAGACAUUAAAAAGGGUUUCAUCCGCAUGGACAUGUCUGAGUUCCAAGAAAAGCAUGAGGUGGCAAAGUUCAUUGGCUCGCCACCAGGUUACGUAGGACAUGAGGAGGGAGGUCAGCUGACCAAGCUGUUGAGGGCGUGCCCUAAUGCUGUUGUCCUGUUUGAUGAAGUGGACAAGGCUCACCCUGAUGUUCUCACCAUCAUGCUGCAGCUGUUUGAUGAGGGGCGUCUCACAGAUGGUAAAGGAAAGACCAUUGAAUGUAAAGAUGCCAUCUUUAUCAUGACAUCAAAUGUUGCUAGUGAUGAGAUUGCUCAGCAUGGACUGCAGCUGCGGCAGGAAGCUGAAGAGGUCAGCCGCAGGAAGCUAGCCGAAAACCUCGAGGAUGUGCAGAAAAGUAAUGAUGUCACAAUCUCCCGACAGUUUAAAGAAACAGAGAUUCAACCGAUUCUGAAGGCUCAUUUCCGGAGGGACGAGUUUCUCGGUCGGAUCAAUGAAAUUGUGUACUUCCUGCCGUUCUGUCACUCAGAGCUGCUACAGCUGGUCAGCAAAGAACUCAACUUCUGGGCCAAGAAGGCUAAACAACGCCAUGACAUCAUUCUGCAGUGGGAUCGGCCAGUCCUGGACCUGUUGGCGGGCGGGUAUAAUUUGCACUACGGAGCACGUUCCAUCAAACAUGAGGUUGAGCGACGAGUCGUCAACCAGUUAGCCGCAGCGUAUGAACAAGAGCUGCUGCCCAAAGGCUGCACCUUGCGUCUGUCUGUCCAAUCAGAGGGCCAGGAAGAGCGCACUACACCCAGUCUGCGCCUUGAGGUGGUGGGAGAGGACAGCUCAUCAAGAACACUGGACAUCCGCCCACCUCUCAGCCCUGAACACUAACAAACCAACAGACAACAGAAUCAUCAUCAUCAUCAUAAUCAUCAGCUGGCAGGAGGAUUGAUUGUUCGUAAUGGACAUUUCCAAUAAAAGUACCUCUGAAAAAACACAUCACUGCCUCUCUGAUUCAGUACACACAUGCAGUAAUGACAUGCCAAAGUUUCAACAGCAGUAAUUACAAUAUUCCUCAUCUGAUACAGAUAUGGAGCACAUAUCCGCUUCCACCUGUUCAGCUUCAGCAGCAUCAUAACCAGCAUCUCCAUCCACCAGUGAAGUUAAAGCCAUAGUAUUAGUCUACUGCUCUGUACUGGUGAUCAGUAUUACUGUUACAUAGUGAUAAGUUAUUGUUUACUUCAUAAUCUAGAAAAAAGCCAAAUAACUAUUUAUUUUAGAAAGUUUCGGAACAUGAGGAGGAUGAAUGACAGUGAAGCAAACAAAGCUGCAGUAGAGAUGAAGAAAACAAAUGGAGGCGGAUUUAAGUCAGGCCUGUUUAACUGCACACGCAGCGUUAUUAUAAAAAUGUAUCAGCCACUUAGAAUAUGUCCAUUUUUCCUUGAGAAAAGAAAGAAGACAUUUUGAUCUUCCCUGUGUGUUGCACAUCUCACUUCUUAACAGACCCACAUAAGCUUAGCAACCCUGACAAAACACAACCUUUUUAAAGAAUGUGUAAGUAGAGAAGAGAGGAAAACAUAAAAUUUUGGGAAUAUUAUCACUACAUCUGCUUUGCAUAUAGUUUCUAUCGAUGCAUGUGAAUGUAAAGAUGUCUUCAUGCCGUGGUAUUAUGCUGUGUGUGCAUCUGUGAAGAAAAUCCAUAUUCUAAGUUGCUGCAUCAUAAAUGUUUGAACAGCAUGCUGACAAGUCACCAAAUGUAAUCAAGCAACAUUUUUCAUUCUUGUAUUACAACCUCCAGCGUGAAAUAAAGCUGUCACAACAACAACAAAAAAAACG